UCCUCGAAAGACGUUGUUCAAGCCUCCUGGAUCGCUACCGCGCUGCUGAACAGACCAUCAAAGAUCUCGAUGUCCAGCUUAACGAGCUCAUAGGCGCCAAGAAUCGGCACGAAGAACAGCUAAUGAACAACUUGAUGCAGCUUCUCAAUGAGAAAAAGUUGAAAAUCCGCAACCAACAGCGCGUAAUAGCCACCACGGAGGUUGCUCCAGAGGAAGGUAGGUGCUAAACGCGAUAUGCUACAUAUCUCUAAGCUGACAAAUGAGCAACUAAUAGAGUUCCGAACUCAAGAAACACAAUCGGGCGGAUCUAGGCAAACUACUGCUGCUAAGAGGCGAGCGAAUGGUUCAGCUUCGACACCGUCCUAUGAGGUGUUGGGAAGUGGUACCGGCUUCGAAGAUUCGGAAGAUGACCGGGCUAAGCGCCACGAUAGCUCUAAAGCGGUCUCAGGCACAGAUUCAGGCACAGACAAUGAGCCACCCUUGAUGCAGCGGCCUUCAGGGGAAGAAGAUGAGUCCACUACUGACGAAGACAUGCGACCCCUGCCAAGUCAUGAUCCUCGGAUAAGCAACUCUGGUCCACAACAAACUCAUUCGCAGUCCAUAAGCAAGAAACAAUUGACUCCACAGCGACGAGAGCUUCCCUUUCCGAGGACGAGGGGAAAUGCGACAGCUACUGUACGAAUAGAUCGACAUGAAAACAAAGAAGCCAAGGACAGCAUGGGGGAAACGGAUGAUGAUGAAUUAUGAUAUAAAACUAACAGCCAAAGCUCCAGACCAUUUUAGGCAAUAGAAAUGUGGUUCUUGAUUGGUACUUGCUUUCUGCAUGAUCCUUUGGAGGGAAUCCAAGCGUAGCGGAUCUUAACUAAUUAU